AAGGAUGAAAUGAAAAUUGAUCAACAAUACGUCAUGACUACUGUUUUCCGAUCAGCUGAAUUUGAGUUGCUGGUAUCUGUGUACGCAAAGCCGUUUCUGCGUUUUGUUAUUGAAGUGUUGGUAGUUCGUUAAGGGAGAUUGCCUUGGUUUUGCAAGUUUGAUAAAGCUCGCGCGUUUGGGCAUUGACUGAUAACAAAAAUGGGUGCCACUGCAACGAAGAUGGCACAAAAAAGUUAUAGUUAUAUAACUGGAUCAGAUUCUGACUCAGGAUCAUCGAAGGGCACAUUAUCCAAACACCAAGGAAUAGCUGUGAAGGCCACGGCGUUUGUCUUAACAAGAUCAAGCUCAAAGUAUUUUGAUGAAGAUGGUCAACUUGCUAAUGAAUUCUACUGUGAAGUUCGUUCGAAAUCUGGAAAGAAGAGAAAACUAAAAAAAAUUAAAACAGGCCUCACUCCGCAGGGCGAAGUACCUUUGAAAAUUGCCAGACUUCACUUUGAUUAUCCUGUUGUAUUGUAUGAAGCCAGAUAGCAUUCUGGACUGUACAACUCGCUUAAAACAUCACAGCAGUGCAGGAAAAAUGUUUGGUCUUUUUUCAAAGUGUUGAUUGCGUCUGAUUUGUCUAUCUGAUGUGUUGUCUCUGGAACGACAUGAAGAAACUGAACGUGACAGUCAAUUGGUCAUUAAUUCUGAAAAGGACUACUAUUCAUGGGUGAUGGAGAUUAUGAUAUAUCUAUAUCUAACAAUUAUAAUACAUCAAGUAUAUGACUGAAUAACACUGUGAAAAAUCAAUAUAUAGUAUGAACUAUUCGGGCAAAAUUUAUGCUGAUGUUCAUUUUUCACAUCUGCAAGUACAGCGUCAUUUACCAUUAUUACUGCUCAGCAUGCAGUUUUUCAAUUUUAACAACUUUGGUGUAUGCAAGCCCUAUUUAAUUAUCGGCUGGAAAUGUUUUGUCAAAUCAAUGCUUUUUGAAUUUCUAUUGAUAAUUUUGACUUUAAUUAUCAGCAAACCCUUUAAACUCCCAACUUCGAGGUAGUUGAAAAUACAAUUCUGAUUCCAAUAUCAAUGAUAUCUUGCCAGAGUCUGAGUCUGCAGCCCUAGUUAUGAAUACUUUCUUUUUUGUGAAUGAACAUGACCAUGUGGUGUGACCAUGCUGGCCUCCUAAAAUGGGAAAACAACCUGAGCAACAUGGCUCAAUGCAAAAUCCCAAGCUUUCAAUUUCAAGUGAAAUGCUUACUAAUAGAAGUGUUGCAAGUAAUUAUCGUAUAUGUUUGUGAUAUAGAUAUCAGUAAAUAGCAUGAAACCUUACAAUUGAACACUGUUCGUAGCACCGAACUGGUUCUCUCAAAGUGAAACUUUACUUGAAGAUAUCCCAUUGAUAGAGAAGGGUUCCUCUCACUGGAAACAAACCCAAACACUUGGAAAUGCCCUAAAACAUGUUUGGUGAGCACCGGUUUUCAAUUGUUGGUAUGUUUUUAUUGUCACAUAAUAUUGUUUGAAAUAAUAUAAAUGAAAUUACUCGUUAAAUUAGUAAAAUAGUGACAAUGUCGUUGUGCUCAUAUCUUGUCUGUUUAUUGAUAUCCUUGCAAAGUUAACUUAAUGCAGUGAUAGAUAUUUUCGCACUGCCAAAAGACAUUUGCUUUUAAUUAAUAUUUUCUUGUUACGCAAUAUUUAAUAAACUUAAUUUUUUUUUAAUUAAUAUUAAAUUACUGAUUUUGUUGACAGUGUAAAA